AUGGCAGUCUCUGCCUUCACGGCUCUUGCAGCCAGUCUCUGCAUCCUUCUCCUCUCCUACAGAGCCAUCAUAUACCCGGUCUUCCUGUCGCCACUGUCGAAGAUCCCCAACGCGCACUGGUCAGCCCCGAUAUCCCCCGCGUGGAUCAUCUGGAAACGGUUCAAGGCCCAGAACAACCGGACCAUCCAAUCUGCCCACGAGAACCUGGGGCCCAUCGUGAGACUCUCCCCGUCGGAAGUCUCGGUCAACUGCGUCGACAAAGGCAUCAAGACCAUCUACACCGGCGGUUUCGAGAAGCAUGAAUGGUACCCCCGUGUCUUCGGGUCGUUCGGAACAGUCAGCAUGUUCACGAUGACCGGCAACAAAACCCACUCCGCGCGCAAAAGAAUGCUAUCCAACAUAUACAGCAAAUCCUACCUUCAAUCAUCCCCCCACAUGCACCUCAUCUCCGAGGCCAUCAUCCUCGACCGUCUCCUCCCCAUCCUCCACGAGGCCGUCACCUCCAACACGCCAAUCGACAUGUUCGACCUCAACCAAGGCCUAACCAUGGACUUCGUAUCUGCCUACCUCUACGGCCUCGCCAACGGAUCCAACUUCCUCCAAGACUCCGCCUUCCGACGCAAGAUGCUAUCCCUGUACCAAAGCCGCAAGCCCUUCGAAUUCUACCACCAGGAAGUCCCCGACCUCCUCUCCUGGACCAAGCGUCUCGGCCUGCGUCUCAUCCCCAAAUGGUGCGACCAAGCCAACGAGAUCCUCGACGCCUGGGGCCUGCAGUUCUGCGACAAGGCCGACGAGUGCCUGGCCUCCACCGACCCCGCCAUCGAGCCCAUGGUCUACAAGCAUCUCAAACAGAGUAUCUCCAAACCAAAAGACAACAGCAACAGCAAAGAACCCCCCGCGGACCAACGCCUCGAAAUCGCCUGCGAACUCUACGACCACCUAACCGCCGGCCACGAAACCAGCGCAGUCGCCCUAACCUACCUCAUGUGGCGCCUCUCGCAACAGCCCUCCCUCCAAACGUCCCUCCGCACCGAACUCCUCACCCUCUCCCCUUCCCUCGUCUAUCCCCGCCCGGACUCCUCCUCCCGCGCUCUCCCCAGCCCCAAAUCAAUCGACUCCCUCCCCCUGCUCGACGCCAUCAUCACCGAAACAUUGCGUCUCCACGCCCCCAUCCCAGGCAUCCAGCCACGAGUAACCCCCUCCCCAUCCUGCAGCCUCGUCGGCGUCGAUAACAUCCCCAGCAACACCAGGGUCAGCGCACAGGCGUACUCGCUGCACCGCAAUCCGGAAGUCUAUCCGGAGCCGGAGACGUGGGAGCCGAGACGGUGGUUGAAGGAGGGGAAUGAGCCGGGGGAGUUGGAGGAACGCAGGCGCUGGUUCUGGGCGUUUGGGAGUGGGGGCCGCAUGUGUGUGGGGAGUAAUCUGGCUUUGCAAGAGAUGAAAUUGGCCGUCGCGGCUAUAUAUACCAAUUUCACGACGUCGAUUGUCGAUGAUGAGGAUAUUGAGGCUAUUGAUGCGUAUACGGUGAAGCCGAGGGGGGAGAAACUUGUUUUGAGGUUUGAGGCGGCGGUUUAGCUCUCUCUCUCUCUCUCGCUCACACGCACACACACACACACACACAGGCUCUCUUCCUCUCUACAAGAACUGUCAACACCCGUAUAUAAG